AUGGCGGCCGUGCAGGUAGGUCUGAUCGACGCGAAAGAAGAAAUAGACGUUAAAACAGAACCGUCGAGCGAUGGCUUUGGAAACAACAACGCCAGCGACAGCAGGCUGCUUUCUACGCCCCCCGGCUCCAGCACCGCGGCCGGGAACAACAAACCUGCGGCGGGAACCCCCGAGGAACAGCAGACGCUGCUGGCAGUCCUGCAGUUCCUCAAAAAGAACAAACUGUCUGAGUCCGCCGAAAUCUUGCGCCGUGAAGCAGGGUUACCCGAGGAUGCUCUGGAUCCGAAGGGUGCGGAUGGCACCGGCUCGGGACUCGGAGCCGCGGCGGGAGGUGUGGAUGUGCUCAGCCGGGUGACCGUCUCUUCCUCCGCCGGAGCUCUGGCGCCGACCAAGGCUGGGGAGGAUCAGCCAGAUGUCAGUGUGGUGCUGUCAGCCUACAGCCAGCAGGGAGAUCCAGCUCUCUACGACGUUUACUACAGCAGCCUGAAGAAGUUCAUCGAAUCGGUUUUGGACUGCCACCGAGCAGAGCUGUCCCAGGUCUUCUACCCGCUGUUUGUCCACAUGUACCUGGAACUCGUGUACAACAAUCAUGAAAGUGAGGCCAAGGCCUUCUUUGAAAAGUUCAGUGGAGACCAGGAGUGCUACUAUGAGGAGGACCUGCGUGUUUUAUCCAGCCUGACCAAGAAGGAGCACAUGAGAGGCAACGAGACCCUGCUGGACUUCCGCACCAGCAAGUUUGUCCUGCGCAUCUCUCGUGACUCCUACCAGCUGCUGAAGAGGCACCUGCAGGAGCGGCAGAACAAUCAGAUCUGGAAUAUCAUCCAGGAGCACCUCUACAUCGACAUCUUUGAUGGGAUGCCGCGCAGCAAGAGCCAGAUCGACGCAAUGUCCGGCAGCCUGGCAGGAGAGGCCAGGCGAGAAGCCAAUAAGGCGAAGGUUUACUAUGGCCUGCUGAAGGAGCCAGAAAUCGAGCUGCCUCUUGAUGACGAGGAUGAGGAGGCAGACAAUGAGGAGGGUAAACCCAAGAAGAAAAAACCCAAAAAGGACAACGUAGGCUCCAAAAGUAAAAAGCAGGAUCCAAAUGCUCCGUUGCAGAACAGGAUUCCUCUUCCAGAGCUCAAAGACUCCGACAAGUUGGACAAGAUCAUGUACAUGAAGGAGGCCACCAAGAAGAUUCGUUUAGGACCAGAUAACCUCCCUUCCAUCUGCUUCUACACUUUUCUCAAUGCGUAUCAGGGUCUGACUGCAGUGGACUUCGCAGACGAUUCCAGCCUGAUCGCAGGAGGUUUUGCUGACUCCACAGUUAGGGUGUGGAGCGUCACGCCAAAGAAGCUCCGCAAGGUCAAAACGGCUGCAGACUUGAAUCUGAUUGACAAGGAGUCAGACGAUGUUUUGGAGAGGAUUAUGGAUGAGAAAACAGCCAGUGAGUCCAAGAUUCUUUAUGGGCACAGUGGGCCGGUGUAUGGCAUCAGCUUCAGCCCAGACAGAAAUUACCUCUUGUCGUGUUCUGAGGAUGCUACUAUCAGGCUGUGGAGCCUCCAGACUUUUACUUGUCUCGUGGGCUACAAAGGACACAAUUACCCGGUGUGGGACACGCAGUUUUCGCCUCACGGAUACUAUUUUGUCUCAGGGGGACACGACCGUGUCGCCCGCCUUUGGGUGACAGAUCAUUACCAGCCUCUGCGGAUAUUUGCGGGUCACCUGGCUGACGUCACAUGUACUCGUUUCCAUCCAAAUUCAAACUACGUCGCCACGGGGUCAUCCGACCGCACCAUCCGCCUCUGGGACAUCCUUACUGGAAACUGUGUCCGCAUCUUCACUGGUCAUAAGGGUCCGAUUCACGCCAUCAACUUCUCGCCCAACGGGAAGUUCUUGGCAUCCGGAGCCACUGAUGGAAGAGUUCUUCUGUGGGACAUCGGUCACGGACUGAUGGUUGGCGAACUGAAGGGUCACACAGAUACCGUCUAUUCCCUACGAUUUAGCAGAGACGGAGAGAUUCUCGCCUCCGGUUCUAUGGACAACACGGUUCGCCUGUGGGACGUCACGAAAGCGAUUGACGAUUUAGAGACUGAUGACUUCACAGCCACCACUGGACAUGUCCAUCUACAAGAUAACUCCCAGGAGCUUUUGCUCGGCACCUACAUGUCUAAAUCGACGCCGGUCGUGCACCUUCACUUCACACGGAGGAACUUGCUUCUGGCUGCAGGCGCCUACAAUCCAUAAAAUAUUGAUGAACUAUGAAACGAGGAAAUGGU